AGUCAGUAUAAGUGAGUUGUGUCACGUAUUGUGGUCUAUUACCACAGAAUAAACAAAUAAUAUAACAAUAAUAUAACACGUGUAUCGGGAAGUGCCUUUUCAUGACGUCAUAAACAAUCGGUUGACGUUCUCGGAUUUGGACGUGUAAACAUUCAGCAGCAGCAGCACAAUAUUAAUCAGCCGGCGUCUGUUCUCGGUCGAUACGGAAUCUAUUUGUUAACGCCAUAUUGCCGCUGACGUUCGGGCAAGCCGAGCGAGUUGCGAGUGGGUUCGGUUUCAGUAACACCGUGUAACAGUGAGUCACAUGUAGUCGACAGACGGGGCGAAACGUCGAAGGCUGUUCAAUGUCCGUGCCAUCUCACGUGUGUGGAAUAGGAUAACUCGUAUAUUACCUGGACGGCAGUAUCUUUUAAAAAAACUGUUAUAUGUACGAUCAACACACGGCGACAAAAUGGACGUUAGUUUGAUCGUACUGUUGGCUGCGGUAGCAGUCAUCCAGGUUACCGGUAGCACAUUAUCAAUGCUAUCUAAAUCUCCAGUCUACAUCCAGGCGCAUGCUCUUCUUGAGAUGAAAUGUGUUUUCAAAUCGAUUAGUCCAAACGGAGUAGUCAGGUGGUUUAAGGGCAGCGUGGAACUGUCGAGUCCGGACUUCACUGUGUUGAAACACCAGGGUUAUGAGAUACUCGAUAACGGCGAUAUGCUCGUGGUUACCACAUCAACCCUGACCAAGAACAGCAUCGGCGCCGGCGAUUCAGGACGCUACAGCUGCAGGGUGGAAAGCUUGAAUGAAGACAUCGACGUCAGAGUCGUCACAUUUCAAAAUACACCGGAAGUUGUUACUAACCCCGGCAAUCCCAUUACUGUGAAAUGCAAUGUGGGAAGCCUCGCUGUGAAAAUGAAAACAAAAUGGAAGAAAGAUGGCGUUAGUCUAUCUGCACUGCCAGAACUGUUACAAAGAAUUGUAUUUAAAGAUCACAAAACAACACUGGAAAUCAACAAUUCUUCUUACAGUGACACGGGCAAAUACGAGUGUGAAAUGACCGCACAAGAAGGAGAGCAACAAGGGAAUAUAACUCAUGAUGUCAUCAUUUUCGGUAGGCCUUAUUUCUUGGACGGAAACAACCAGACAGAGCCGCACCAUGGUAAAGCAGGAUUGGAGUUGAGAUGUGUUCCCUCAGGAUACCCAUCCCCUGUUAUAUCCUGGACUAAAGACAGCGCGGAUCUCGUUACCAAGGCUACCGUGAUGCUACAUUCGCACGAAAACAUCAAGAAAGCUGUUAUACGGUUUACAGACUUUCAAGUCGAUGAUACAGGAUUAUAUUCUUGUGAAGCUAAAAACAAACAUGGUUCCACUGUGAGAAACUUCCAGAUACUGGAAGUGAGCGGUGCCCAAUCUGUGUUUAGAAGGACGCAUCUAGUGCCUCUGUUUUUGUGCCUGUUUACCCUUGGACAUAAUAUUCACUGAUGAUAUGCCAUUCCAGAAUGUAUUUAAUGUCUAUACAAUAUAAAACAAAGGUCUCACUUAAAGCUGCAAUAUCGCCUAGCCAUACAUCACUGCCUGAGACCGACACCGGAUAUUGCUACUGUGAUUGUAACAAAUCUUGUUGGCACCACUAGACAAAAAUAAUCAUUAGUUUCUUCUCUUAUUGUGUUAUAUUUGGGGUCCAGUUACCAGUAUUCAAAUUUGUAGAAGUUGAUAUAAUUUUAACAUUGUAGAAAAGAUUUUGCAUAAGAAUACAUUUCUUUGAUAAUAUUUAAAUUAAGAUGGUGUACAGCGAAAUACAAUGCCAGUUCGUUUGGGGUUUUUGAGGUGUUUUGUUUUACAUUUUUAACGAGGUUCAAAUUAUUAACUCAUUACUUGUUUAGCGUAAUUGUUUCUUAAAAGUCUUAAAUAUAGGGCAGAGGUGGAUCUAGGUGGGGGACAGGGGCCCGGAUCUGCCACUGUAGGUCUAUAAUUAUUAACACGUCACUAUGACCAGUGGCAAUAUCCAGUAUCGGUGCCAGGUAGUGGUUAUUAUUAUACAGCAUAACAUCAUUAACUAAUGCCAAAUACAAACGCAACUAGUUCUAAUAAACACGAAUAUUAACCGUUAUCGUCGUUUAGCGUCAUACAACACGCAAUCAUUAAAAUGUUCACUUUUAAUACUUUUAAUAGACUCACAAACUAAUGAGCUUCAAACUGAAUAAUUUAAAAUUAAGGAAAACUAAAUUAAUAUUCACGUUUCUUUCGUCCAGUAUAUUUAGGCGAGAUUGCAGCUUUAAUGCCUAUCCGAGAUUUGAAGCAACAAGCGAAAUAGUUUGGCAGUAACACCAGUCUGUUGUGGAUGUAUAUACAGACCAUCCAGUGAAGAGGACAAAGAACCUUUACAGCAAGACAACGUGUAUUUUAACUGUCCAGGGCCCAGAUUUUCGAAGCUGUUUCAGGUCUACCAUAUUGUAAAACCAUCAUAGGCUAUGGUAUGCGUCGUGUGAUGUCAUAGCUGACGAUGGUUUUACGAUAUCGUAGCGCCAGGACAGCUUCGAAAAUCUAGCCUAAACCUAUGUUCGAAAACUGAUAAAUCAUUGGCAUUGUCAUCAUCAUCAUCAUCUCUAUCAUCAUCAUCUCUAUCAUCAGCCUAAUGAACGUUAAUUUAUGUUGCUGCAGAAUAACCAUAUGUUCAAAGUGGCCCACAACAGUGAUUCAUUCAGUAUGAACUAUAAUGAAAUGAAAGUACUGAAAUAUUGUCAGGACAGUUUUUCACGUGAGAGGUGCGGGCGAGAGAAGCGAAAAGUGAAUGUAAGAAAAAAAAAGAGAGAAGACAAUAUAUUCUUUUGUUAUCAAUAGCAGUGUUUCCAUUUGAGCUGCAAAAAUCGCGGUAUUCGCGCCCGCGCUGCGCCAAGACGGUCAUUAUCCGCAGGGGCGUAGGCGGGGGGGGGGGGGGGGGGGGGGGGGGGGGGGGGGGGGUGAUGAUUGUCGGGGAUUCGAACGAACGCACCCGCAAUAAUAGAGUAUUCACAUCGGUGUCUCGAAUAAAUGUACAUAAAUGGUCCGCUAGUUUUAUAUUCCCCCCCCCCCCCCACACACACACCCUUCAUAGGUCACACACACCCUUCAUAGGUCACACACACCCUUCAUAGGUCCACACACACUACAUCCCUGAUACGCGGGUCCAAAUGUCACAAUAAUAGUUGACGUUGAUGUUUAAAAAAACUCACACCAGACAGCUGUUUAAUUUAGAUAUUGUCGUCGUGAUGGAUAGAGACAAAAGUAACUCGCAAAACUUUUGUUGGGAUUCAGCAUUGGCGUUUAUCAUAUAGGCGUUGGAAGCGGGUGGUGGGCAAAUUGUACUGUCCUCACAACUUUGAAGAUCAUGUAUUGGCCCACACAGCUGAUAAUCAAAUUAACAUAUGGCCACCCACCCCCACCCACCCCCGUUGCUGUCAUAUGUGAUUAUAAUUUUAAUGCAUUCGUUCAUUUUAAGUUAUUUUCAUGCUUAUAUCUAAUUAAGGUUCAAGCACGCUGUCCUGGACACACGCCUCCACUGUCUAGACUAACUGUCCAGGACAGUGAGUUAAUGAUUGGAGAGAGAGAUGUGUAUAUAUAUAUAUAUAUAAUGUCAGUCUAGUGGCCUUACACGUCUCCCAAUGAGUCGGUUGAACCCAGUACCUACCAACCUCGAGUCCGAUGGCUUAACCAGUAUACCACCAGGCGGGUUCAGUUCAAGGGACGUGUUUUACUACUUAAACAAUUGCUGUAUCAGGACAUUCUUAAAGUUCAUGGUUCAUAACCGUCUUCUUCUUCUUUUUUAAAGGUUCAUAACCGUCUGGGUUUUUUUUUUUAAAGGUUUGGUUGGUUGGUUGAUUGAUUGGCUGGCAUUUUUCUUUCUGUUUUAGCUUCGCCAAAGCUAAGAAAUAGUUGAAAAUAGCGCAUGCGUUAAUGCUGUGGCGUAGUCGUCCAUUUUGUUUCAGAUGUUUGUUAUUUUCAGACCCUACUACGUUAUGGGGUCGAUCACAAUUAUCAAAUCGAACAGAAUGUUAGGAGGCAUGAGGCUAAUGCCAGGGAACGUUUUUAAAAGAAACAAAGAAAGUUUUGUGUGUAGAGUUUAGAAAUGGGGGAGAGGAUAUCAAAACAUGUUGAGAAUAUAGUUAACUGCUCCUGAAUCGGUACAUUUUUUUUUUCCUUUAGACGACUUGUUUUAAAACGUAUUUAACGAGCGAAAGCCAGUUGGAUACGUUUUUAAACGAGUUGUAAGAUAAAUUGUGUUUAACGGAGGACACGAAUGUAGUAUUCUAUAUCUUACACAUCUUCAAAAAAUGUGGGUCCCUAGCGCUUGUAGUUAACUUGUACGUCACAGUGUAAUCGAUGUCGAGUACUGUUUUUUCAUUGGAUGGUAUGGCAGUAAUAUACUAGUCAUUAUCACCUAGGAGCAGCCAGUCGUAUGUCUUUAAACUGUUAUCAUACGUAUAUGUGUUAUUGGUAUGUGUUAUUAAAAACUAACGAAUGAUGUUCUCACCAACGUGCUUGUAAGAAAUAUAUUUGUGGAGACACUGAAUUUCAUUAGCUAUAAUUUCCACUCCCUCGUUACCCAUCAUCUAUGACACAAGACUAUUUUUAUUAACUAAAUGUUUGCAGUUUACUGUCUCACGAGUGUACAUCUAUACACAGUAAAACGAGUGUGUGUUUGUAAAUUUUAGUUUACUUUCAUUCCUGGUUAAUCGGAACACUUCGCCUAUUUCCGAUUCUGCCGAAGUGUUCCGAAUAGUAAUUCCAUUCGGAACUCUUCGACAGAUUAAUUCCUCGAUGUAUGACGAAAGUCAAUUUGCAACAUUUCUGCGACAGUAUGUUAAUGACUGCAAAUAAGAGUAAGAUUAAUUACUCUAUGCAUAGUGGCAGACUAUUCUAGAUCUUUUUUUAAAUGAUAAGAAAUGUAUUUAAAUUAAUCGCUUUAGAGUACACCUUUAAUACCUACCUUUAACAUAAUUUUUUUUUUUAAUAAUACAGCAUUUUUUAUUUGUUUCUUGGUACAGAACGUUGUAUCAAUAUUAUGUCACAGUCUGUUAUAUAUCCACCGAGGAAUUCCGAUUGAUUUACUAACAUUGCCCAAUGAUCUUAGCAUUUAUUCCCUCCAUUAUAACAUUCCAUUUCUGAUCUACAACUCGAUAACAUAAUAUAUUAUAAUAUAAUACAUUAAGUUAUUAUAUUAUAAUAUGCACAUGUAUAUAUAUAUAUAUAUUAUUGCGACUGUGAUAUUUGUGUUGUUGUUUUGUGUUUUUUAGGGUUUUUUUGCUUUGUGUGAGUGAAAAUGAUUCACAUCUAUUUUAAUUUGUAAUUAAAGUAGCCAUUUGUUCUUGACCUUCACGUAUAUUAAAUGUAUUAAUUCAC